AGAUCCAAAAUGUGCCAAAGGUUGCAGAGCCACAGCCAGGAAAUUCUAAUUUGACGCGAAUUUUCAUCCAAUGGGAAUAUUAUGAUAUCUAUUUUAAGAUUUCACAUUUGAUCCUUCUUAAUUUUACCUGCAAAUCUCUCCUUGUAACUUUGUUUUGUUUUUUUUUUUUUUUCUCUCUUUUAUAUUUAUUUUAAUUUUCCUGGAAAUUUUAUUUCUUUGUCUCUUCUUUCUCCUGAUGAUCAUUUUGCCAUCUGGGUGAGUUAAUUUGUGAGUGUUCUGCGCUGAUUUCUUCUUAAAGGCUCAAAGGGUCUUCUGGGUUUGAUUGAACAAGCAAAAGGGUCCCUUACCAUUUCAACGCCACAAGAUGCCAGAAAACCGGCAAGUUCUGAGGAAUGCUGCUUCUAAUCCAUCUGGUGAUAACAUUGAAGAAGCUAUUCGGCGUUUGAAAAUCAAUGACAAUCGGGAUCGAGAUGCUGCAGCUCAAUCUGCACCAUAUCCAGAUCGACCUGGUGAACCUGAUUGCUUAUAUUAUUUGAGGACCGGAAUGUGUGGUUAUGGGAGUAACUGUCGCUAUAAUCACCCUGCUCAUGUUUCACUUGAUACUCAUUAUGGUGAAGAGCUCCCUGAAAGAGUUGGGCAACCUGAUUGCGAGUAUUUUCUUAAGACAGGGACAUGCAAGUAUGGACCAACGUGUAAAUAUCAUCAUCCAAAGGACAGGCGGGGUGCCGCUCCCGUGUCAUUCAAUGCUUUAGGUCUUCCCAUGCGUCAGGAAGAAAAAUCAUGUCCCUAUUACCUGAGAACUGGGUCUUGUAAGUUUGGAGUUGCAUGCAAGUUUCAUCAUCCACAGCAUGCUUCCCUUGGAGCUUACCCUGUGGCUGGAUCUCCUACCUCAACAAUUAUUCCUGGAUCAGGUUCACCAUAUUUUGGUGGGUUUCCUGCAUGGUCAGUACCAAGAAUGUCAUAUUUAUCUGGGCAGGGCCUUCAAUCUUAUGUGCCUCCUUUUCUAUCUUCUUCACAAGGCAUUAUACCUGCACAGAGCUGGAACAACUACAUGGGAAGUAUGAGCCCUACAAUACCUACUGGUUUUCUUGGAUCUAAUCUUGUUUACGACUACAUGAAUCUGGGUGAGUCAUUUUCUGGGGGGCAGGCAAUAAGUUCAACUCUCCCUGAUAGGCCUGAUCAACCAGAAUGUAGAUACUUCAUGAGCACUGGGACCUGCAAAUAUGGAUCUGAUUGCAAGUUCCACCAUCCAAAAGAAAGAAUUUCCCAAUCAUUAGUAAAUCCACUUGGCCUUCCUGUGAGACCUGGGCAUGCUAUAUGCUCUUAUUAUAGAAUCUAUGGAAUGUGCAAGUUUGGUCCAACAUGCAAAUUUGAUCAUCCAGUUUUGGCUAUCCCUCAGAACUAUGGCCUGACCUCGCCUACUCUAUCUGUUGUUGACACAUCUCUCAUUGGUAAUCCAAGAGUGUUGUCAACUGUCCAACCAUCCGAGACAUCUCCAUCUAAAUUAUCAGGUGCAAAGCUUCAGAAUUCUGAUACAAAAGCUACAAAAGCUGCUACUGAAGAGUCAUCCAAAGAAGCUGAUACUACAUCAAAUACCUUACCAGCCUCCUCAGAGUCUUUACAUGACUAAACUGCUUGGAGUAUGAUUUUUCUAUGGGACAAUUUUUUUUUUCCACAUUUUCAGGAGAAAUAUAUCAUACAUACCAUCCAUUCCCCCUUUUUCACCUGCAAUUCUGUGGAGUUGGAUAGUUUGUUCAGAGGUUGUUGUGACAAUCACUAGCUUGUGGGGGAUGGAUGGCAUUUUUUGUGGUGAAUAAAAUGCAGGUAGAAACUUUGACCUUCGAUCUUUUUCCUUUUUUCCUUUUUCUCUCUCUUGGGACCAGUUUGGUACACACUUAAAAAAUGCGAGUAAUACAGUUCAUUAAAAUUUCCCCCCUAUUUUUAAGGGGGUGUCAAACUGUCAAU